UUGUAUUGAUUGUUGAAAACAACCUGUGGAAUGUGGCGGUUUUUUGCACUAAAUCGCUCUUAUUGAGCGCAUUAUCGCGCGCGCUGUAAUUUCGGCGUGUGAUCGUUGCCCACUCACAUACAAUGCGCCGUACAUAAUAUUCCUAAUGCUUUAUUUCUUUAUUGCCGCAUAUAUAAUACAGUAAAACCCCACAAAGACAACGUCUCUCGGCGAUAUCGACGAGACCCCCUCAAGUUACGUCUGUGUUGGGCUUCGGUCUCCUUCUCCAACUCCCAUUCAGCACUUUAAUCAGAAACGCAUUCACAGUCUGGACACCGUCGUGAGUGGAUCAACAUCUUUCUUCAUCGGCUCUGUUGUUGGCUAAGAAGAGAUCCCAGUGCUAUUUGAAGUCACAUUGACCAUUCAAUUUUGCAUGUUAAUUCAUUCAAGUGCUUUCGUGUUAAAUUGACCUGAGAGGAAAACCGCGCGCGCACUUCUGCAUGGACUCUCCAUGAUAAAGAGUGAAUUUGAAGAAAAUUGCUCAACACACACGCCAAGAGGUGCAAUCUCGGUGGACAAUAAAGCAAAGAGAGCGCGAGAGAGAGAGGCAAACUUGAAAAAUUAGGUUCCUGAGGAGGUGGACAGCAUGACGGGCAUGACUGUGACUGAGCCUGCGGGGCAGAACUACAGGAAGCUGCCGCAAUAUGUGGCCGCGCUGUCGGCGGCCGGGGGCGCCCUGGCGGCUGGUACGGUGCUGGGCUGGACGUCGCCCACGCAGCUCGCUCUGGUGGACAACCAGGAGUAUGGCUUCGAGAUCUCGCGCGAGGCCUUCUCCUGGAUCAGCUCGGCGAUGACUCUGGGCGCGGCCGCCGUGUGCAUCCCUAUCGGGCUGCUGAUCAACCUGAUCGGCAGGAAGCCCACGAUGCUGAUGCUGGUGCUGCCCUUCACCAUCGGCUGGACGCUCAUCAUCUGGGCCACGAGUGUGCCUAUGAUGCUGAUCGGGCGAGUGCUUGUGGGCAUAUCCGGGGGCGCCUUCUGCGUCACGGCGCCAAUGUACACGGGCGAGAUCGCCUCCAAGGAGAUCCGCGGCAUUCUGGGCAGCUUUUUCCAGCUAAUGGUCACCAUUGGCAUCCUGUUCGUGUACGCUGUGGGGCAUGGCGUGAAUGUCUUUACGCUGAGCAUCAUCUGCGCCGUCAUUCCCAUCGUCUUCGGCCUGAUCUUCUUCUUCAUGCCCGAGUCGCCGCUGUAUCUCGUGACCAAGGAUCGCACGUCCCGCGCCACUGACGCCAUCAAGUGGCUGCGCGGCGACAAGUAUGACCACAGCGCCGAGCUGGCGGAUCUGCAGCAACAGAUCGACGAGAUCCGCUCGCAUCCCGUCUCGCUGGCCGCGGCCAUGCGUCGCCGCGCCACCGUGAGAGCUCUCGUCAUCUCGAUGGGGCUCAUGUUCUUCCAGCAGACGUGCGGCAUCAAUGCGGUUAUUUUCUACACCACGGACAUCUUCGAGGCCGCCAACACGGGCAUCGAGGCCGGCAUCGCGACAAUCAUCGUGGGUGUGAUGCAAGUUGUGGCGACAUUCGUCUCGUCAAUCGUUGUGGAUCGUCUCGGACGGCGGAUUCUGCUGAUCUCCUCCAUCUCCGUCAUGUCCAUCUGCACAAUUCUGCUCGGUGUGUACUUCUACCUCAAGGAUCAGGACGCUGAGCGCGUGGCGAAUCUCGGCUGGCUGCCGAUUGUGUCGCUCUGUGUCUUCAUCAUCAUGUUCUCCUUCGGAUUCGGCCCAGUGCCGUGGCUCAUGAUGGGCGAGCUGUUCGCGUCGGACGUGAAGGGAUUCGCUGGACCAAUUGCGGGCACCACCAAUUGGAUUCUGGCAUUCAUCAUCACGAAAACCUUCCCGAAUUUCGUCGACGCAAUGGGAUCUGGUGGUACUUUCUGGCUCUUCUCCGGAUUCUCCAUUGUCGGUCUGGUGUUUGUCUUCUUUAUGGUGCCGGAGACCAAAGGGAAAUCCCUGUCAGAGAUUCAGGACAUCCUCAACAGGACUGGUCAGGUGAAUCACGCCACAUCGGCAACAACUGUGAGCAAUUUGAGUGAGUCUGAGGUGAAGAACUGAUCUUUUCAGUCUUCCACCUCAAUCAUUCGUGCAAUACAAGACGACGAAUGACCAAAAUAAGUCCAGUAAUAGACUUAAAAAGAAACACGUAUGAGAUCACUUAUUUGCCAGUAGGAGAAAGGAAAAUAUUGUGUAAGACAUACCAAAGAAAGACUCCCAUUGAAUGGGCGAAACAUGCCACUUGAGCAUGAUUCGAGUGAUUAACUGUGUAAGAAAUGAUGAAAGAUACAUUUAUGAUCAUUGUUAGGCAAAAAUAUGUUACAUUAUUAAUGGUAAACACAAAUGAUAUUUUUGUGAGCUUUAGAUUUUAACUGGGUUGGGCUUUAAUGUGAGGGAAAUUCCCAGAUAUUAUUAUCCAGUUGCUAGAAAUGUGUUGAAUUUAGACUCGAUUUCUAUAAAAUAUUGCAUAUCCUUUGUAUAACAUUUAUCGCAGUCUUUGAAGGAAUAUUUACAUGAUGAAUAAAAUUAGUGCCAAAUCCAAUUGAAAUAGCUUCACUAAUUUUGAUUACAACAGCACGUCAAGUAGCUUCUACAGACCGGAAAGUUCAAUUACAGACUGAGCAAUUUAUUUUGUGAAAAAUAAACAGAGUAUAUCAUUCCACGUGUCUCAAUUAUCAAACUAUAAAUUUAUUGUUAAUUUAUGAAUAGUUUCAUUUGUCAUUUGAUGAUGCAGUUAUUUGCUGUUUUCCUUCUUUUGAGCUGUUUCGCACUUUUCUACACAUCUCAAAGACACCCAGAACAGAUCAUUGUGUGUUUGAGGCAGAAAAACAUGUCUUGUUGACUGAAC